AUGACCCUCGAGCUUCCCUCUUUCUUGAACGUAAACCACGAUGCAGCUACCUUGAAGACUACACUGUCUGUAGUGGAUCCGGAAGUUCCUACUCAGCGUGCCAUGUGGGGCACUAUCCGCGCGCUCCUCCAGAACCAUAUCACCGGUGUCUCCGAAGGCCACAUCUGUGUUUUGAGUCUCGUUGGUGUCGGUUACAGGGCCACCAUUGAAGAUACCGCGACUACCGUCAGCCCCAGCUACCCCGGACAAAAGUUCGUCUCCCUGAAGGUCGGAUUUUCUCACCCCAUUGAGCUCGGUAUCCCCGAAGGCGUCCAGGCUAGCACGCCCCAACCGACCCGUAUCUUGCUAGAGAGUGUCGACAAGAGAGCGGUGACACAGUUCGCGGCUGAGAUCCGAGAAUGGAGACGGCCGGAGCCGUACAAGGGCAAGGGUAUCUUCGUCAACGGCGAGACUAUCAAGCUCAAGGCGAAGAAGAUCAAAUAG